AUGGUAAUCAAAUUGAAUUUAAAACAAACAUCACUGAGUGUGGGAAUGUUAAUAACAGGGAUGGUGGGCACAAGGAAAUAUGAAAGCCGAAAGAUAAUCUUCGGAGUUCAAACGCUGUCCGGGAAUGUGAAGAAUAUCCAAGCGUACAUUGUCGAUUCAAUACUUGAACGGAUACCGUAUGUAACAAACAAUAGAAGAAACAAACUAGUUGAAGGCGUAGAAGGGAUUGCAGAUUUAAUCAUUUGUAAUUCCAUAAAGCGCUCACCACGGAUGAUUAUGGAAACAAAAAUAGGGGUGGUCGAAGGCGGCACACGGAAAACGACACAAGAUAGUGAUACAGGAAAUAGAAAUGACGAGUCUUAUAAAUUCCAAACAAUUGCAAACAUAGCAAUGAAGGAAUCGCAAAUCCACAUGGAUCAGAUUGAAGAAACGUGGAAAUUAGAAGCAGUUGGGAUUAGAGAUUUAAUGACGGGUUAUCAGGAUGAAAAAAGCCCUUAA